AUGCCCGAUGUCGACAUGAAACCGACUGAACCUUCCAAGAAGGAAAAGAAGGAAGAGAAAAAGGAAGAACCCAAGAUAGAAGAACCCAAGUCACCGUUGGUCGAAAUCAAGUCGAAUGUUGCUCUCAUCGACCGGGCAGUCUCGACAAUUGAACCUCGCUUCACUCAACGAGUACUAAGGACGUUGAAUGCUUUGAGAAAAAGAAUUGACGAAGAUGUUCUAAGAAAUGCGAUUGAACAUGUUUACCCCAAGGAUUCAUCGGCGAAAGCCACCUUAUUGUCAUGGCUGCCUGCAGUAUCCUCUCAUUCGGCUAUGGAGGUUGAUUCUGCAGCACCAAAUAGCCCACCAACUGGCCCAUCGGCAUCACCUCCCACAUCUGAACCAGUCCCCGAAACCGAGGUCUACUUUCGUCUUCUCAUCUUGUACCAGAUGCUCAAAUCGCAGACCUCAUAUGGGAAAGCGAAGGAGUUAGCAAAUGAGAGUCUGGAAAAAGUGCAUAGGUUGAACAGGCGGAGCAUGGAUCCUCUCGCCGCCAAAGUGUGGUCUGCAGUGGAGCGCGUUUAUGAGCUUCGUGGAGAGUUGGCUGAGGCUCGGAUCCUGUUUCUUGCUGCACAGCGUACAGCAGCACUUCGGCACGAUUCGACGACAGAGGCCGUUCUUCUCAACUGCCUUCUCCGAUCUUACAUCACUUAUUCCCUCUAUGAUCAGGCUGACAAGCUUGUAUCCAAAACCACAUUUCCCCCAUCCGCACCGAAUAACCAGUUCGCCCGCUAUCAUUACUACCUUGGACGGAUCAAGGCCGUACAGCUCAACUACACCGAUGCACAUGUGAACCUUCAACAGGCUAUAAGAAGAGCACCUCCUCCGACGAUAGCGCCUGGUUUUUUCCAAGCCGUUCACAAGUUGAACAUUGUUGUCGAGCUCUUGAUGGGUGAUAUCCCCGAUCGUAGCAUCUUCAGGCAUAAAGUUCUCGAGAAGGCGCUCGUAGGCUAUUUUGAACUUGUGAGAGCUGUUCGGACCGGAUCCCUCUCCCAAUUCUUAACCACCGUUGCGAAGCACUCUGCUACCUUCCAGACAGACCAUACUCACACCCUCAUCGUGAGACUUCGCCAGAAUGUCAUCAAAACUGGCAUCCGUCAACUUUCUCUCGCUUACUCUCUGAUAUCGCUCAAAGAUAUCUGCGUCAAAUUACAUUUAGAUUCCGAAGAAGACGCUGAGUAUAUUGUAGGUAAAGCGAUCAGGGAUGGUGUCAUCGAGGGACGGAUGAUUCACGAGCAAGGUUGGAUGGCGUGUAAGGGUGCAGGUGGGGCCAAAGGCCAGAAUGCCUACGGGAAUAAUGUUGCAGAGGCGUUCCAACGGAGGAUUGGAUAUUGCCUUGAGCUUCAUAAUCAGAGCGUCAAGGCAAUGCGGUACCCACUCAAUGCCCAUCGUAAGGAGCUUGCUGCAGCUGAAGGUGCACGAGAAAGGGAGAAAGAACUCGCAAAAGAAAUCCAAGAGGGUGAUCUGGAUGAGGAUGAUUUGGGCGGUGAAUUUUAG